GCAUCUUCACUCACAUUCACUCUCACACUUUAACAGGGCACACACAACAAAGUUGAUCCUUCAUCCUUCACUCAUACCAUAUCAUCUCUCUCUUUCUCUCUCUCUCUCUGAGUUGAGAUGGCCUCGAAGGUCUGCAAAUCCGCAUCGAGAGCCGCAAGGUCCCUUCUCUCUGCUUCCAAAGGCUCUCGGUUUUAUUCAGAAGGACGCGCAGCAGCAUCAGCUGGAGCUGUUUCAUUGAGCAGGAAAAUGCCAUUUUUAGCUUCAAACUAUGGGAGGGCACGUUCUGAUUCUGGCCCUGCAUCCUCAUCAUGGAUCUCUGGAGCUCUGACUCUUCCUGCUGCAGCUUACAUGCUUCAGGAUCAAGAGGUGCAUGCUGCGGAGUUGGAGCGCACUUUCAUUGCCAUUAAGCCUGAUGGGGUGCAGAGAGGCCUGAUCUCAGAGAUCAUAUCUCGUUUUGAGAGGAAAGGAUUCAAGCUUGUGGGAAUUAAAGUAAUCAUCCCUUCAAAGGAGUUUGCCCAAAAGCAUUAUCAUGACCUCCAAGAUAAACCAUUCUUCAAUGGGCUGUGUGAUUUCCUAAGCUCUGGUCCUGUCAUUGCAAUGGUGUGGGAAGGACAGGGAGUUAUUACCUAUGGCAGAAAACUGAUUGGAGCCACAGAUCCUCAAAAAUCAGAGCCCGGAACUAUUAGGGGCGAUCUGGCUGUUGUCGUUGGAAGAAAUAUCAUCCAUGGGAGUGAUGGUCCGGAGACUGCAAAGAAUGAGAUUAAGUUGUGGUUUAAGCCAGAAGAGUUGGUCAGUUUCACUAGCAAUGCGGAGAAAUGGAUUUAUGGUGUCAACUGAUUCCUUUUUCACCUCAGAUAGAGAACCAGUAUUUUUUGGAAUAAGUUAUUAGGCUGAGAAGUAAAUCAUGUUCAUCACUUCAAGCUACAAAUAAGCGGGAUUUGGAUAUAGUAUGUUAGCUCCUACAUUUCACUCUAAUAUUAGGAACUUAUUAUUAUUGUUCGAUUUCACCUGUCGGGUGAAGAGUGAAGACAAUUUGUGACUAUUUAUUUGCUUCACGUUACCAAUAAACAAAAACAGGUAAUUUAUGCGAGAGAAAAAAGAAAACAGAUCAUUUGAGGAUAAA